CGAGUCUAGGCCGAUGUUGGACGCCACCCGUCUGUUCGUUCGUUCGUUCGUUCGUCGUCGGUUCAGUUGGUGAUGAAUAAGCGGUAACUACGAGAGACGAGACCGUAGCCGGCUCUGAUGAGAUUGUCGUAGCCCGUGACGACGGAGGAGGAGGGGAGCACCGGCGUAUACCACAUAGUAGCCGUUGCCGUGAGCAGGUCUGCAGGCCGCCUGGUCUGCGGCCGUGAGCAGGUCUGCGGGGAGGUACGUGGGCCGUUCGCUUUGGUGCGUUCGUUCAAGCGAAGCAUCCACAGCAUGGAAGCAUCUCGAGGAAGGUCCAGAAUAUGAACCCAUCAUCAGCAGUACCUAGCCCCCCCCCCCCCCCCCCGCCAGUGCCGUACUGAUAAGAAUAACCGAGUGCGCGAUAGACUCUGCUAAUCGUGUGAGUAAACAAGUGCACUACGCGAGAUGUGAGCCACGGAACGAAAGAACCACGGCUGGAAAAUGGUGAUUAACGCUGCCAGGGAGAUUAAGUAAAAAAUAGUAACCGGAACAAUAAGAACAAAACAAGAACCGAUCAUUGCCACAGGAGUGAGAGGGGGGAGCAAGAAAGGAAGGAGUUUGUGCAAUCAACGAAUUAUCAAAGACUCACCAUCGAACGCACGCACGCAGCCCGGUACGGCAUCGACCCGGACGAGGUGAUACCCGCAACAUUCUAGCCACUAGUUUGCAAGCGGUUCGUACCGAUAGCUGCGCUGCCAUAUCAUCACUCGCGGUCUUGCUUGUGCCACUCGAACCGGGACUAUCCCAACCCGGUGCACCGGGGUCUUCGAUCUUGGCUGCGCGGUGCCGUAAACAGCGUACCAGCAUCGCCAGCAGCAGCUCAGCCUACUCAGUCAAUCCGUUCCAGUCCAAGAGAUCACUAUCGUCUGCAAACUCUGCUGGUUGCGUGAUCGCCAUCCCACCGUUUGUGUGACUCAAAUAUUGUCCUUCGGUAACCGUGAAGACACCAUCAUUGGGCAGACCGGAUCGACAAAACCGCGAGGGCGACACAGGACGCCGGAAUCAUCAGUGAACUGCAGCUGUUGGUGAUCUGUUCACAGCCAGCACCUUGGCUUAGCCCUUAGUUGGUUCACCGGAACCGGGUUUGCGUGUGUCUGUACGUGCGCGUGUGUACCAAUGUUACUCACAAAGCUGGAAAUAGCAGUCGGAAAUCCUACCCUGAAGCGGAAGUACAGUGGCAGUGGUUACGCAGAGCAGAGGAAAAAAAUGGAAGCCAUCAAUUGGAACAAAAUCAUGUACAUCUCCCAGGAGGAGAAGCUGAUUUACUUCGAUCAGAAGACGUACAAACUGCCGGAAGCGAUACUGUCGCUGUAUGCCGACCGGGUGCGCCAUCUGGAUCUUAGCCACAACAAGUUGUCCUCGUUCGAUGCACUCGAGCUGUUCCCGUACCUGGAGGAGCUUGUGCUGGACAACAACUAUCUUACGGACGAGAUCAUCUUUCCAGCACAGCUCAACCACGUGAAGCUGUUGUCGCUCAACAAUAACAAGUUCAAGAAUCUCGAUCUGCUGCUAACCAAGCUUUCGCUGUGCUUUCCGAAUCUCGAGUAUCUCAGUCUGCUCGGUAAUCCCGCGUGUCCCUGCCAUCUGCUGAACCUCAAGUACACCGAGUACGACUAUCAAAAGUAUCGGCUCUAUAUUAUCCGACAGCUACCCCAGCUGCGCUUUCUGGACGGCCAGCGGGUGAAAAAGAUGGAGCGAGAUUUUGUGCGCUGCCAGCUGGAGAACUACGGUGAAACGAGCGAGAACGAAAGCAACACCGUUGCGAGGCGCAAGAGCAACGCACUGAAGCAUCUGUACACGGCCGUCAGUGCAGGGUUGGGAUUGCGCCGGAAGCCGCCACCGGUGUACAGUCCGCUACCGGAGACGUUGCGCGAAGUAGGCGAUCAUCGGGGAGCGUACGGACGGUGCCGCUAUCGGUACGUGGGCGCCCAGUCCGAGGGAAACCGCUUCAUACUCAACACCGACCUCUGAGGGCCGAGCCUA